GGGCAACAGACGGUGCGGUAACCCCUUUGGGCGUCCCGUCGCGCCGCGCUCCAGACGCUUCGGACGUCGCGCCGCGCGCGCGUUCCGACCGUCGUCCGACCUGAUGCGAGGAGACGACGUCGGCGCUUGUGGACGCUAGCAGCGCGCGCUAACAGUUAAUAGUUCCUCUCUUUGUAUUCCCGCGUCUUGAAAACGAGAGCCGUGUUGCCGUGCCGCGUCUUCGGUCGGUGUCAGUCAGAAAGAGGAGAAACCUACUCUGAGUAUUCUGACAUGAUGUAUGGCAACGAGCGGAGGAUUCCGAGAAUCGCCAGCGAAAGUCGGACCACGCGACACGACUGUCCCGACGCUCGUCUUUCAGACGCGGGAACGAAAGUUAGCGAUUAGUCGUUCCCGAUUAGUCGUUUCGUUGCUCGGAAAGCUCGACAACUACGAGGACACAUGAAUCCUUAUUCACGAGGAGGCCCACGAGUUCACAGCAGGAACGACGUUCACGCAAAGGAAAUAUGUCCGCUACAGUGACGAGUUUUACGGUGAACACUCGAGUGUAUGAGGAUCAAAAGCCGGGUACUUCAGGCCUGCGAAAAGCUGUGAAGGUUUUUCAGCAGGAGCACUAUACGGAAAAUUUUAUCCAGGCAAUACUGCAAGCUCUGGGUGACCAGUUGCCUGGAUGUACUCUCGUUGUCGGCGGUGAUGGACGGUUUUACGGGAAAGAAGCGGUGGCAAAAAUCAUUCGGAUCGCCGCAGCAAAUGGGGUUAGAAAAUUGAUAGUUGGUCAGAAUGGUAUUCUCUCAACACCAGCUGUAUCAACUAUAAUACGAAAGUAUAAAAUACAAGGCGGAAUCGUCUUAACUGCAUCGCAUAAUCCUGGUGGCCCUGAUGCUGAUUUUGGUAUUAAAUUUAAUUGUGACAAUGGUGGCCCCGCACCAGACAGUGUGACAAGUAAAAUAUAUGAGAUUACUAAAACGCUCGAACAUUAUAGAACUAUUUCUGAUGUUAGUAUAGAUAUUGAUAAAAUACAAACUAUAUCAAUCGAGAUUGAUGGUAAACCAUUUACUAUUGAUAUAAUUGAUUCUAUAAAUGAUUAUGUGGAGCUCAUGAAAGAAAUCUUUGAUUUCACAAGUAUUAAAAAAUUGUUGCAAGGUGAUGCUAAUAAACCAGCAUUUAAAGUUCUCAUCAAUUCAAUGAAUGGAGUUACAGGGCCAUAUGUAAAACGAAUAUUUAGUGAUGAAUUAGGUAUUGAUGAUACAAACUUAGUAAAUAUAAAGCCAUUAGAAGAUUUUGGUGGUUUGCAUCCUGAUCCAAAUUUAACUUAUGCCAAAGAUUUAGUAAUUGCUAUGAAGGAAGGACCAUUUGAAUUUGGUGCAGCAUUUGAUGGAGAUGGAGAUAGAAAUAUGAUUUUGGGCGAAAAGGCCUUUUUUGUUACUCCUUCUGAUUCUUUAGCAGUGUUAGCUGCUAAUUUAAAACUAAUUCCGUACUUCCAAAAGAUUGGUAUUAAAGGAUAUGCUAGGUCUAUGCCAACAGCUGCAGCUAUUGACAGAGUUGCCGCGAAGAAUAAUGUGAAGUUCUUUGAAGUUCCUACUGGAUGGAAAUACUUUGGGAACUUAAUGGAUGUUGGAGAUUUGUCACUAUGUGGAGAAGAAAGCUUUGGUACUGGUUCUGAUCAUAUUCGCGAAAAGGAUGGUAUAUGGGCGUGCUUAGCAUGGCUUAAUGUGAUUGCAAGACUUGGGAAGUCUGUUGAGAAUAUUUUAUUGGACCAUUGGAAACUUUAUGGAAGAAAUUUCUUUACUAGGUAUGAUUAUGAAAACUGCGACUCUGUGAGCGCGGAUAAAAUGAUGCAGGGCAUCGAAGCUCUGAUUCAAAAACCAGAAUUUAUCGGUAGAAAGUUGCAGUACGAAAAUAAAGAAUAUGUUGUUAAGCAAGCAGACAAUUAUUUCUAUAUAGAUCCUGUUGAUGGUAGCAAAGCUACGAAACAGGGUUUACGGAUAUUGUUUGAGGAUGGUUCUCGUAUAAUAUUCCGUCUAUCCGGAACAGGAAGUUCUGGUGCUACUAUACGUAUGUAUAUCGAUAGUUACGAGGAUGAUCCAUCUACUUUUGUGAAAGACGCACAACUGGUUUUAAAGCCUCUCAUUAAUAUCGCGUUAGAAUUAAGUGAACUUUGUCAACAUAUUGGUCGUGAUGCACCGACUGUGAUUACGUAAAAUUCUUUACUUUUAUUCUAUUAUUUCAAAAUUAUUUUAAUCUUUAUCAUCUUUGAAACUAUUUAUUCAGAGAGAAAUUUGUUAAACAAAACUCUUGUCAAUAUAAAUUUAUUUCAGUUAUAAAGAUUCGUUUGAUUUCAUCAUUAUCGUAAAAUUCACGAAGCAAUAGCAUGAUAAUCGUUACUGGCGUCAAUGAAUGAAUUUUCCAUUUUUAUAAAAUGUUACCAGUUUACGAUUCCAUCCAUAUAAUACAUACGGUGCAUGUUAAAUAAAAAAUUAUUCGAUACGCAUAUGAAAAGUAACCAAAAGAAAUGUUUUAAUAUCUGUAUAUUAGAUAUUUGCUAAAUGUUAUUGCUGUAAUCAUUUUUUGAUUCAUAUUAAUCACCAGGAAGUGUAACUUAAAGACAUUUCAAUCCUAUUCUUACUUUAAGUUUCAAAAGAACAUUAGUGUUGUUUCCUUAAACUAUUAAGGAAUAACUUCAUUUUAUCGUCUCUAUAACUGGAAACAAUAACUUGAGUAGGAAAUAUAUCAAAUUAAAUAUAUUAAUAAGUUAUAUGUAUAUCACUCAUAUAUUUACAUGAAUUAAUGAGCAGUUUAAAUUAUUUUUAUUGCGCAUUAUAAUGCAGAUAUGUCUAGUAUAUGUGUAUUUUAUAUGCGCUGAAAAGAUUCUUCUGAAAUAUUUUAAUGUUUUGUAACUUUCCAUAUUGUAUUGCAAGAGGAUAUUAAUAUGCAAUAACUGACUACUUGUUGAUCUACUUGUUGCCACGACAUAAAAGAAAUGCAGCUAUGAUCUGAAUGCGUUUACUUUAAGAAAUAUUCAACAUGAAAUAUCUCAUACAAUAUUUAUUUAUUACUAUUAGUAAUAUUAAUUGUAUAAUUUGUAUUCUACCGAUAGCUGACACUAAAGAUAAUGAAAAGUUUCAAGGACACUCAUAUAUUUAUAUUAUAUAAUUUAAUAUCUCCAAUAUACACUCCUUUUCUACAAUAUACAUAAAUAGUGAACAUCUACCACAUGCAUUCUGUGAUAUAUAAAAAUAUAAUUUGUAAAAGCCACAAUUGAAUGGACAGGAUGUGUACAUUGUCAAUCUUCCAAAGUGUUAUGUCUAUCCACAAUUCAUCUAAUAUUCGUUCUAUAGUAUAUCUCAUUCAGUUUGAUUUAUGAUCCUAUGGUGAAAACACUAUUUCAUACUUUAUUUUGAAUGCCUUCAGAAAGAAUAAACGUUGAUUUAAAUGACGUCUCUAAGUUUGAUAUACGAUCGACUUAAUAUUAUAAAAUUAUUUUAUUACCAAUGAUAUGAUUCUAUCAGAAUUGAAGUGUGUAUAUGAAAGAAAAAAAAAAGGUUUGGAGACCGGACUUCUACUACUGAUAGCAUAAUAUUGGAGGAUUAACAAAAACGUAAAUUCAAUACUGUCUUACAGGGUCGGUCUUUCCAACGUUUCUUAACUGUCUUGCUCUGUUAACAUUUUAGCAAGUGUGUUACGAUUUAAAUAGAGAUAUAAGAUAUGGACAAAUUUGACCUAUGAGUAAAAUGUAACAUAAUGAGUAAUAAUAAGCAGCUUUAAUUUACUAUGCUUUACGAGCGCAUAUUCGUGUGCACACGUGAAGCAAAUAAUUAUUUUAUUAAUGAAUUUAAUCAUCUCAAUCUAUUUGUACAAUUCUAUAAAUGAUAAUGUGGUAAUGCUAUUUUGAAAUUAUACAUUAUGGCAAAGUAUUUUCAAUAUUGGAUAUUUUGUAAAAAUUAUAUUUGAGUCUAAUGUUGUGUAGAUUUUUUUUACAUCGAUAGAUGAGUAUUCAGUGAAACCGGAACGAUGAAGAUAUAAGUGAUUUUUUACACUCGAUAUUGUACAGUAGCAUAUGUAAAAUUGCCUAUAUAAAAGAAUUAUAUCAACUAUUUAUUGCAACACAAGCGUAAUACGGAGAGUAUGUUAACAUCCAAACAUUGAAAUUUUUGUAGAUAGUAGUGUAUAUAACUGUAAAAAUCUUUCAUUUCCAUCAAAGCAAUUUCUGUCUCUGCAAUGUUAUAUUAAUAUUUUUAUUACAUGUUGCUCGAUUUCGUAAUAUCAAUUUUCCCCUUUGCUGUACAUUAUCGCAUUUAUAAGUUUCGCGAAUAGUUUAUUUUUUUUUCCAAAUUGUUCUCAUUACAUCUGUUGUAUCACAUUAAUGAUUAUAGCUUAGUUUUAUCCGGAUAUUGAAAGAAGCAGCAGUGCUUAAAUUGGUGAGUUCUCCAGAAAGCCUGAAGAAUAACCAAGAGAAUUUGUACUUGUCUCAAUUUCUUAGAAUUUGGGUAACCCCCCAAUAUAGCGAUGUAGUUUGCAAAUUCGUAUUUAGCGUGAUACUCAGCGUCUUGUAUAAUUCAUAAAUAAUUUUACGAAAUGAUACAUCCGUUAUAGAAAUUUAUAUUUGCGUCUUAUCAAAUGAUACGUUUGCUUUAGAAUUGUACAAACGUCAUAAUUUACUGAGUAUCUCGCUAAGAUUAAUUGAUAGAGUAGAAUAUGUUAAUGAGAUUUGUAUAGAAGAAAAAAACAAUGGGGAGAUCAGAGUAUAUGAAUUUUUUCCGAGAGAACAAGAUCGCGAGUAACUCCAGUUGGUACAAAAUUCUAUAUAUAUCCACGUAAGAAGAAAUGAACAAUAGAUAGUGAUAUACGAAACGUCCAAUAGGUACGAAAAGCACGUUAUUGUACCGUAAAUUAGUAGAUGUCUCGGCUAUAAUUAAUAACGACGGCGCAGAUGUAUUAUAUUAUUGGUUCUGUUCGUCUUCACUUCGUUUUUUGCUUCAGUUUUCUUUUUCUUUUGUACGAUAUUUCACUGUAGAUGUUCGUAUAUCUGAAGUAUCACACAAACGCGUUUAUUACAGAUUGUACUUCUACUACAAAAACGCGUGAUCACAUUCAUAUUUCAUUUGAAGAAAAAAAUCGGUGAAAGAUUGCGACGAAAUGUUGAUACGCUGCGACUGGAAAUUUGGAUAAAGCAAUGUAAAAAAUCGUCUUUUUUUCUUUUUUUUUUUAUUGAAUAAAAUAAACGCAGCAUGUUACGGAGAUUCCGCAAGGCAAUUAUGUAAAUAGUUGAUGGUGAAGGAGAAGAAGAAGAUGGAGGAGGAGAUACUUAGGGACCUGAGCCGACAUACGCCCCCGUAUGAUCUAUCAAUUAUGCCCUAGAGAAGUAUAGAAAGAAACGAGAAUAUUCUCAAGAUAUAUAUUCUCUAGAACAUAAUGAGGAUCAUUCAACGUGGUGGCGGUGUUACAGAGA